UUUAUGGAGUUGCGUUUGCGUGAUAUAACACAGGAACUUUCUUCGCGGGGCUGAUUCCUGCUUGCUGAUUAUUUUUGGAGACAGUAGGAAGGAUAUUUUAAGAGAGCGAACUUGUUAAAGGGUGCUCGUCGCUGGUCGCAGCUGCUGUAAAGAGUUUCUUCCUCGUGCUUCAAUGCUUCUUUUCCAGUGUGUCCAAUUGGAUUCCUUAUAAGGAGAGCUGUGAUCAGAUUUGAUGAGAAGCAUCCCUUCAUUCACUCCUGACCUCUACCUCUAUUGCCUCUCAGUGGAUACACAUUUCUCUACAUCUCCCUUUUCAUGAUGAUUCAUUUAUCCGUUUUGCAGCUGUCGUCCAAGCCGCCAUUUUUAUCUCAGUUUUUCUCAAGAGAAGGCUGAUUCCUGCCUUUUCCCGCUGAAGCUUUCAGAGACAUUAUCUGUUUCAUGUUUGCAACCAAGGAGACUUUUUGGGUUUAAUUUUUCUCUAUUGCGCUUUUAUCUCUUAGUUCUUGAAAGCGACUCGUCCAGUCGCUUUCUUUUCUCUGUUUUUAUCUUUCUACCUCUUUGCUUUGCCCCUUCCUUCUUGUCAGAUACACCUGUACAAAGUUAUUUUUCAUGAUUUUCUUUUUGGGCACAAACUGAGAAAACACAACAAUUCUCCUGCUUUUCUUCCUGUCUUUAAUUUUUUCUUUUACCAUCCCUGUAGAGGACACAGCUCACAGCAAGCUUGGUUGCCAAAGUGAAUCCCACGUGGCUGUCUUAGCUGUUUUCUAUUUCGGACAAAAUGUGGUCUACUUUUUUUGUGACUGAUGAGGAGGGUCGUACCGUGGGCCCGGCAGCAGCAGGAACAGUGGGAGGUGCUGCACCAGGAGGACCAGCCCAGGGCGCGGGGGGGCUGGCCAGCCUGAUGAGCGGACGCAGUACGUUUGGGGGGAACAAGCGCCGCAGGACAACGUCAGCGGGACACGCCAUGAGUGAGGCCCAGGAAGGAAAGAUCAAGUUGGCGUUCUUUGUGGCCAUCGUGGGCGUAGUUCUUACCGUGCUCGGGGUGGGGACAGAGUUCUGGGUGGAGCUGGCACCCCCGAAGAGUUUCUACAACAAUCAGACAUGUCUGACAGCUCACUAUGGCCUGUGGAAGGGCUGCACCAAGACCCUGUGGGUGGCCGAUAUCGACCCUGAGAGAGAGAGCUGCGGACCUGCUGAACUGCCCGGAGAAUCAAACUGCACCUACUUCAAGUUUUUCACCACGGGGGAAAACGCAGUGAUGUUUCAGAAGACAACGCAGAAGAAUCUGAAUGUAGCGGCUGCCAUGUUUGCCCUGUUCAGCCUGUUCCUCAUGGCAAUGGGGGCCAUAUGCAUCACCAUGUCUCUCAGUAAAGAGAUCCUGUUCUUCCUCAAGCCAGCAUCGGCCUGCUUCAUUCUGUCAGGUGUCCUGGUGCUUGUCUCUCUCAUGGUUUUCCACCAGUCUGUCCUGGCUUUCCUGGCCAGCGACCACACAGUUCCUCUGCACCACGAGCUCUCCUGGUCAGUGUCCUGCAUUGGCUGUGCGGGGGCCGUCCUCAUCGUGGGUGGGAUCCUCUUCCUGCUGCUGGCACUGCCCUACAGCCCCUGGCAGAGAUGUCUCCCUCAGAAGAACAGCAGCAGCUAGUGGCCUGGAGGUGGUGUUGCACUUUAUGUUUCCCAGAGAUGUCUUGGCAAACAGAUUGCUUUUUCUGAACACCUGAAGGAGUCAGGUGCAUGUGCAAAAUUCAACUUAUUCACCAAGUCACAAAAACGAUUAAAUAUUUUCAUCUUGUCAAAAGAUUCACUCACAGGUUCCAUGCUCCGAUAUUUUACUGCAUUUACCAAAGAAAAAAAAAAAAUUUCACAACAAAAUUAUUGUUUAGUACAAAACAUUCACUUUAUUUUGUCAUCUUUGCCAACAAGGUUAUUUUCUAUCCCUGAGUUGUGCACUACACAGGUGAAAGUCAAUUUGAGAUCUUCUUUGUUCUAUGAAAUUUGACCCCACAAUUGUAACACAACUAUCCGUGUUGGAACACAACUCCAUGUCAGUCGACAUGGAGCUAGGCUUGGUGCUUAAAACUCUAAUGCCAUGUUAAAGUGUUGUCAAAUAUAGCAAUCUUAAUGCUUGGACAUGUUUGGGAAACAGUCCUCUAUUGUCUUACUAAUCAUCCUGCAGGGUUUGGAGGCAUUUUACUGUUUACAGUUUGUUCAGGAAAAUCAGAGGUCCUUUGCCUAAACCUUUUUUUUUUGAACACUAGCUCCACUCCUUUAGCAUGAACACACUGUUAAACAAGAUUAACAAAAACACUGUGUAGAAGCUGGAAAAAGAAACGUAAGGUUUUAAUGUUCAAGACACCAUGUGACAUGUUUGUGAACCAUGUCCUAAGAAUCAAUAUUCAAAUACUGGCUAGUCAAUUGAUCUUCUUUUUUUUAACGACUACAUUAAUUAUUAAAGCUAAUUUAACUCAGUCGUUGUUGUCUCUCCCAAAAACACUCUCCUGUUUCUCUCGUAACAAGACGGCCCUCAGAAAUAAAAACCACGCUGAAUGAACUGAACAGUGUAUUGACCUCCAAUCUGAGAACCUCAUUUAAAAAAACCAGUUCAUUCUCAGUGAUGUGUGA